AUGCGUCCAUCUCCUGCCUUUGGACUUCGAGCAGCGCCUGGCGCGCCCACGAUGUCGGUGGUGGGUCCCUCCGCGGACAACAAGCAGCAGCAGGCGGCUGAGGUCUUCGAGGUCGACUUCGACGGCGUCCGCGAGGCGUUCGACGGCAGCAGCAGCAGCAGCAUCGCCGCUUUCGACGGCAGAGGGGCGGGGGGAGGUGCUUUGAACUUGCGCUCAGUCGCCGGGGCGGGCGCGGCCGCUCUCACCCCCCUGGUGCUGGGCGCGGCGGAGGCCAGCGCGAAGGGGGGCGAGUUCGGGAUCAUCGAGGGAAGGUCGGCGUCGUUUUUCCACCCCAUCGUCAUGGGCACCAUGUUCGCCGUGAGCCUGCGCUCCGCCAAGCUGGGGCUGGAGUGGCGGGAGCAGCGUACCAUGGGCGGAAGAAUGAGCACUCUUAAGGAGCAACUGCCGGUGUUGUCCUCCGGGUCGCGAGCGUCGACCCCCCUGCAGAAGGAAGCGGACGGCAUCCGCUCGAAACUGGAGGAGCUGGGAGAGGACGCAGCCGAGGCGGCGGCGAGCCUGAAGGCGGACCUUGCGAAGCUCUCCUCGUCUGCGGCAGUGGAGAUUGAGCAGGAGCUGAACGACAUGGGCGCCCGGCGGAAAGAGCUCUCGAAAAAGAACGUACGCGACCGUCACUACGACGCCGGCGCGCUGCUGCUCGGGCUCGGGACGUUCGCCGCCGUCGAGGGGCCCGUCAACACGUACCUUAGGGCGCAGAAGCUCUUCCCGGGGCCCCACCUGUACGCCGGGGCCGCGGUGGUGGUGGCGUGGGCGGUGGCGGCGUCUCUGGUGCCGAAGAUGCAGAAGGGGGACGACACGGCUAGGAUCGCGCACAUGGCCAUCAACUUCGGCAUGAUCGCCCUCUUCGCGUGGCAGAUUUUCACUGGCAUCCCGAUCGCGCAGAAGGUCUGGGAAUUCACAAAGUUCCCUUGAAGCAAUUCAUGCUGCAUUCCGAAUCGGAGCGCCGUCGUUCGACAGCGUGUGCGGCGUGCAGCGACAUCACAGACGGCUCGCUUGCAGUGUGGGGGCGGUGGUCAGCCAUUCGUGGAUCUCGGCGUUACUCCGAGUUCAAGCCCCCGUCUGAUGGGCGGGAAACUAUUAUAAUACGAAACCUUGCCCUCCUAGAAGCGUGAGCGUCCAUGUACUGAGUACGAAUCAUAAGGAAGUCCGGCGGUUUUGUUUUGUCGAACCCGGAAGGGGGCUAGUGUUAUGCACGGCUUGGUGAAGAAGCAACCAGUCUGACCGUACUUGAUUAGUCUGGAGAGAAAAAAGAUAUCUGAAGAGAAGAACGAUAUCUAGAGAGAAAAAAAAUACCAGUCUAGAGAGAGAGGAGGAUAGCACGUGUGCAUACGUUAUGUAGAUUUCGUGUGUGUCUUCGCACUGGAUUGAAUGGGCCGGGUAUUCCGGACAAUCUUCGUUGUUGCCAGGCGAGGAAUCUGUUUCCACUCUCCCCUAGGGCCGUUAGAAAAACAUCGCUGUGUACGACACAACAGCUCACAUACAGCGUAAUAUAUGUUGAUGUUUUCGGGUGUCAGUGUGAGGGAUGGACGCAGAUCUACCUGCGUUGUUGUUGCUUCCUCCUGUGUUUCAUUCCGGUUGAUGUGCUACCAACCAAUCGACGGCACCUGUGCUUCUCUCUCGAGUCGCUGGCGUAUCAGACGGUCGGUCUCGAGGUAUUUUGGUCGGAUUUGGGCACAAAUGCCAUGACUAACUUCAGCGAAUCAGUACCGACCAAUCACAAUCGAUAAAUGUGGGAUUGGCGUUCCGUCCGCUUCAGACUCACACUUUC